UUGAUCUUCAUCUAUAUCAGUGCGAACUUCACCGUUAAGUUACAUGAAUCGUUAAACAUUGUCAAGAAAUGUGUUCAACGGUAGCCAAUUAGUCAAUACAAUGGUAACGAGUCACAUUUGGAGAUGCAUUAUAAAGAUUAGCACAGCCUAUGGUCUAUGCUAACCUUGCAUGCCCAAUUGCAUUUAUAAGUUGCGUGCUGCAGCUCAGCACUAUCAUGUGUUUGAUUUCGUGUGCAUGGUUAGGGUUAAAACACUUCGGGUAAAAUGAGGUGCAAUUGAGUAAUCCUGUCGCAGUUGAAGCUGGGUGGAGGUCGCCGGAAAAAUUGAAGGAAAUGGAAAGAAGAGACUGGAUUGUGCUCCUACCAAGUUUAGCUCUUGCGUUAGUCUUUCUAAUCUCGAGCUCCAUCACGCACUGGACAUGGCAAUCGCGUUGGGACAAAGAAAGCUCAAGGGUCGCGACUUCUUCGAAGGCGAUGGCUGUGUUAAAUCGCCAGGAAGUCGAGCUUCUUGCAGAGCUUAACAACCCCUUGUCAUCCAUUACCAAUACGAAGUUCGCAAAACAGCAACUGACAGUCAAUAAAGAAUUACAAAGUCUCUUAAUGCAGAGCCAUGGAAAUGCGUCAGAAAAGGCGAUUCUGGCUGCGUGCGCAAGAAAGAGGAGAGGUGCAGAGCUAAGCGGAGAGGGAAUUCAGUGGCGACCAAAGGCAGACCGAUAUUUACUGAUGAUAUGUCAGACUGGGCAAGUCACGAACCACCUCAUCUGCUUCCGGAAGCAUAUGUGGUUCGCCGCACUCUUAAACCGGACGCUCGUGUUGCCGCAUGGGAAAUUGGACUACAAAUAUGAGCAUCUGCUCGAUAUGGCCCACCUAAAGAAAUGUCUCGGCAACAGCAGCGUCAUCACCUUCGAAGAGUUCGCCGAAUUGCGGAACGAGACACUACAUGUUGACAGGCUCAUCUGCUACAUGCACUCCUGUCACUUCGACAAAGAUCAUCCGCGUGCGUGGGAAGCGCUGGGGUAUACAUUUGGGGAGCGACAAGAUGCAUGGUCAUCCUCUUCAAAUCCACCCGCAGCUCACAAAGAUGACAUCCUCUCAAGGUUUGCUUGCAAUGCGAAAGUUCUUGCCGUAGGUGACCUAUUUUACGCAGCCGUUGAGGACUCUCACGGUUUCGCAGUAGCGCACGAUUGCACUGUGAGCCCAGUGCUGCCCAACCGGAACAUCGUGGUCACAGCGGAGAGAUUCGUCCAGACGUACUUGGGACCAAAUUUCCUGUCGCUUCAUUUUCGGCGGCACGGAUUCCUGGUAUUCUGCAACAAGCAGAAGUCCCCGAGCUGCUUCUACCCAAUCCCCCAAGCGGCCCGUUGCAUUCGGAGGAAAGUGUGGGAAGCGAGAGCGGACGUGGUAUACCUGAGCACGGAUGCACCAGCUAGUGAAGUCGACAUAUUGAAGCAGGAACUGGCGGGAGUGACAGUGGUGAGGCGGACAAAGGUCCACGAAGCGGAAGCCAAAUGGGACUCUCUUUUGUGGCGAAAUGGUUUGGAGUCAGAGCUGGCCGUGAUGGCCAUGGUGGACAAGACCAUUUGCGUCCUGGGGGUGGGGUUCAUGGGAACACGCGAGUCCACAUUCUCCUAUGACAUUCUGCGAAUGCGCAAUGAGAUGCGCACCGCAUCUUCCUGUGAUGGCUUCAUCUGCGAUGGCGAGACUCCCUCUUUCUUAGCUCAAGCCCCUUGACAAAAAUCUACAACUGUGGAAUAGCCCAAGUGAACGAGAUGAA